AUGGCAACGACCAUAGAGACUCGCAGUGGUCGCCUCGCAUCCAUGAACAAAGAAGCCGAGGAACAAUCGGCGGAUGCGAGCGAUCCCAAUCCGGACUCACCGGCGAGCUCACCGCUCAUGCCGCCUGGGGUCCAGGACGACGAGAAGGAUUGUUCCAAAGACACCACCGAAUCGCGUUCGCCCCCGUCGACCGAUGAUGCCAAAUCAGAGCAGAAGUUCGAUCCCGAGCUCGGUUACGUACCUCUUCUGGAGAACGAGUACGUUUUCGUCAAACCGAACUCGCAGAAAGAUCUCCGCCGAAUGGCCUGCGAUUGUACACUGACGAAAGAUGAGAUCUCCCGAGGCAUCAUGGGAUGUGUGGAUGACUGUCUGAAUCGAUUGCUGAUGAUCGAAUGCGGUGCCCGGUGCAGCCUUGGCGACAACUGCGGGAAUCGGAGGUUCCAGAGGAAAGAAUUCGCGAAAGUCGAACGCUUCCAAGCCGAACAGAAAGGCUUCGGGCUACGAGCACAAGAACCCCUACCUGCCGGAAUGUUUGUAAUGGAGUAUGUGGGCGAGGUCCUCUCGCCGACCGAGUUUAAACGUCGAGUGAAGAAAUACGACUCCGCACAACACUUUUAUUUCAUGGCCUUGCGGCCCGAUCAGGUGAUCGACGCGACGUCGAAAGGAAAUCUCUCGCGGCACAUGAAUCACAGUUGCGAUCCGAAUUGUGAGACUCAAAAAUGGACCGUGAACGGUGAUUUACGUGUGGGCUUCUUCACGAAGAGAGCCGUGCGAGCUGGAGAGGAAUUGACGUUCGACUAUCAAUUCGAAGUGUACGGCAAAGAAGCGCAGAAGUGUUACUGUGGCUCGGAAAACUGCCGCGGCGUUAUCGGCCGCCAAGUUGCGCGUCAGAAGAAAGAAGAGCGAAAAUCGCGUAUCGAGGAAGAGAUCGACGAGGAGGAAGUCGACGACCUCGAGGAGGGCGGUCUCAAAAGCCGCAAGGACAUCCUCAACUUGUGUCGUAUCAUGGUGCGCGCCGAGGACGCCGACAUCAAGUGUCGUCUGCUGGACAUCAUCGCCGGUACGGCUCACGCCUGCUUGAAACUGUUCCUGGACUAUCAUGGUUUAACGCUUUUAUGGAGCUGGUUCGUCGACCUGACCGGAUACGAGCUCCGAGAAAAAAUGAUCUCAACUUUGGAUAAACUGCCCGUCACCAAUAAGACCGCUCUCAAGGACUCGAAACUCCUCGGCUCAGUUCACCAGCUGGCCUCAGAUCUCUCCGACGAAUUGGAAGCGCUGCGGAAGACCGAGCAAGACUCGGAGAAAAUUCAACCUCACGAAGAAAUGUACAAAAACGUCUCGCUCCUAUUAGAUAAGUGGAACGCCCUGAAGGAAGUCUAUAGAAUCCCAAAACUAGAGCAACAGAGACGUAAAGAGGACGAGAAAGAAGUCGACAGACGCGAGAAGGAAAUCAAGAAAGCGAAGAAAGACGAACGCAAGGAGAAACCCGAAAAGGAGGAGCGUCGAGAGAAGAGCGACAAGGAUCGAGAGCGAGAGAUUCGUUCGAGGAGACGCUCGCGGGGUCGAAGUCGGUCCCGCAGUCGAUCGCAUUCUCCUCGAGGCCGAAGCAGAAAAAGAUCGCGUUCCCGAUCCCGAUCGAGGAGCCACAGCCGAGAGCGAAGUCGUCGUCACCGCCGAUCGAGGAGAUCGCGGAGCAGGAGCCGCUCCUCGUCAUCCAGCAGUAGUCGAGAGCGCUAUCAUAAGCACCAACAGAAAAUCUCGAAAGAGGAACGGCGACGACUGUUCGCCCUACAGGUUCAGCGGAGUGACGAGAUACGUCUGCGACAAGAGAUGUUGCAGAAGCAGAUCGCUUCGAUGCAGAUGAUGGAAGCUCCGGUGACGCUGACCCCGAUGUUCCGCGAUGAGAACGGCCGCUUUGUCCCAGUGCCUCCCGAACUAUUGAAACAGCUACCGCCUCCGAUGAUGGUGCAGCCCCCGCUCAUGCAGAUGCCCAAUGCUGCCGCAGCCGCCGCCGCUCCCCUGUUACCUGCCCACAUGGGCGGUGCCCCUACCGUGACCAAUUUCGAUGGGGCUCAGACCUACGGUUCGGCAUUCGUCCAAUCUAGAUCUCUAGCUCCUUCGGCGUUGGGUCCGGUCCUGAAUCAGGGUGGGAUUCCGGUCGGCUCGCCGAGUUUGAACGCCCACGUCGUUCCGCCGGGGAUCGCAUCCGUUCCCGCAGCUGCCAUUCCCGCCCACCUCAAUCCGAGCUAUAUAACGCAAACGCCGACGGAUCCCGUGCAGCGGUCGGAGGAAGCCAUUCCCCCGAAGAUGAGGCUGGUGCGACUCGCGAAGUUCUGGAAGGUCGCUAAGACCGAGGAAGGCCAAUUGUAUUUUUACAACAGUAUCACGCGCGACACCUCGUGGGUGCCGCCUGAGGAAUCGCCCGAGGAAUCCGAAAUCAUAAGCGAACCGACAACGAUCGUUGUUCCAACCACCGUGGUGCCAACGCCGACACCGGUGGUCGCCACCGUGAUGCCCCCCUCGAUGUUCGUCGUUGAUGCCGGCGAAGUCGAAGGCGAUCACGAAAGACGUGUCAAAGAGAAUUUCAUGAUGCAAAUCUCUCAGUACAUCGUUAACAUUCUUCAGCCAUACCGUCGGGAAGAUUGCGUUCAAGGUCGAAUUACGACCGAUGAUGAUUUCAAGAAACUCGCCCGCAAAUUAACCCAUUGCAUCCUAAGUAAGGAAUCCCGACAGUGCAAAAACACAGAUAGCCUAGAAGUGAAUGAAACCGUGCGACACAAAACGAGAGAUUUCGUUGUUAAAUACAUGAGGAAAUUCGGUGAGGUGUUUGUUUACAAUAGCAAGAAAGAAUAAUUUAUUUUCGAAACUCGUCUCCAGCAACAAUCUCUCGAAUACUUACGCGUUCCCUUGUGUCAGGUUCCCCGUGUUGUCUCGGGCUCACAAGGAGCGCGAGAAUUCAUUAUAUCCAGGACUCUCAGUACAGCCGAGACGAAGUUCGUUGAAUGUUCUAAAUCAGGAAGGCUGGUCGAUCGAGAGAGCGGAAAUGUCCCUCCACGGAUACCGGUCUUGGGACCUCUGUACUCGGUGGAAUCAUUGACUCCUGGAUUCUCGACGCGAAUCUCUCGUGUCUCGAUGCUAUAUUAUUGUUGACGCUGUUGUUGGCUCACCGCUGUAAUUUCCAUCGAAGUCAUCGUUCAUGAAAGCCGACCAAUCCGAAUUCAUCAUCAUCGAUCAUUUCUACCGAUAGAAUAAUGAUUAUUGUAUCAAUAUUGUAAUAUAAUGCAGUGAGUGUGUACAUAAACGAGACGUGUACAAUUGA